GCAAGGCGGUGGAAGCGGAUGUGUGUUGGUGCGGUCGCUCCGCUCCUGUCUGUCCCUGUCUGUGGGAUUGGCGUUUUGUUGUGUCUAUUUCCCCCUGUUUCGUGCAAUUUACGUUGGAUACCUUCCUUCUCGCCGAUGGCUCCGCUGCGCCGGCCCCUGUGACACCCCUGCCGAGACUCUGCGCGCCCCGCGGUCGCCAUGAACCCCGACACAUAGGGAGGGACGCUGUGAGGCCUCUGUUUGAGGCGGGCCAAGCGGGCCAGCGCCACGCCAGGCGCCAUGCGGCGAGUCCUCAGUGGCUGUCAGGCCAGCCUCGGCUUGGACCUGGACUGGAACUGCACCCACUGCGUGAGGGUGCCCGGCGAGGCUGCUGACAUGGACAGUGCCCGGAGCAGCAUCCGCAUCCACCACCCGCAACAUGCCCCCCUCGGCAUUGGCAAGGUGGGGUCCAACUCGCCCCCCAUCAUAGCCAAGGCCACGGAGGGACAUUCCCCACGCUUCCCCAAAUUGGACGAGUGCGCCCAUUUUCAUUAUGAGCAUGUAGAACUGGGUCUAAUACAAAUUACUAUCAUUAAUGAUCAAGACUUAAGUUUGGGUAGUCGAAUGCAUUCGGAGGAUGCCGAAAAUCAAUCAUACACGGUCCAGGUUGCAUCCCAAGGCAAAAGCUGGCUUUUGCGACGAACAUUUCAAAAUUUUCGCUCACUAGACUCUCAACUUCACCGCUGCAUCUACGACAGAAAAUUCUCAGCCUUGCCUGAACUACCUCCGGAAGAAAACCUGUCAAUACCACAAGGCCAGGACCAUGAGGAAGCUGUUCAGAACCUGCUCUCCGACUACCUGAACCGCUUCUCCCUGAUCGCGGGCAACCUCAUCAACUGCGGGCCCGUGCUGAGCUGGUUCGAGCUCGACAACCGCGGCCGCCGGCUGCUGGUGCCGGACAAUGACUCCUGCCCCAUCAACACCCCCGCCGUGGCGGCCGCCUACUCCGUCAAGAGGUACUCGGCGCAGGCCCAGGACGAGAUCUCGUUCGAGGUCGGCGACAUGAUCUCGGUCAUCGACAUGCCGCCCCCCGAGGAGAGCGUGUGGUGGCGCGGCAAGCGCGGCUUCGAAGUGGGCUUCUUCCCCUCGGACUGCGUCGCCCUCAUUGGCGACAAGGUGCCCAGGAACUUGCAACUGUCUGCCGGGGCCAGCGCCCCCAACUCGCCUAGGGAGAUGAUGUUGGCUUGUCAACCAAGUAAACCUGUCCUGCGCAAGCAUGGAAAGCUCAUUUCAUUUUUCCGAUCAUUCAUUUUGUCACGACCAUCUCGACGGCGCCUCAAGCAGUCUGGUAUUUUGAAAGAGCGCGUUUUUGGUUGUGAUCUAGGGGAGCAUUUACUUAACUCAGGCCAUGACAUACCUAUGGUACUCAAGUGCUGCUCAGAGUUUAUUGAAACUCAUGGCAUUGUGGAUGGAAUAUACCGUCUAUCUGGCGUCACCUCCAACAUACAAAAAUUGCGAAAUGCAUUUGAUGAAGAUAGAGUGCCUGGAUUGUAUGAAGAUGAGGCAAUACUGCAGGAUAUUCACUCUGUUGCAUCACUUCUCAAAAUGUACUUCAGAGAAUUGCCAAACCCCCUUUGUACGUAUCAGUUAUACCAUCAAUUUGUGGGAGCUGUCCAGAAAGAUGGCAGCACUCGUGAAGGCCCUGACGAGAAUAGAGAUAGUACACGCCUGAUGCUCAUGCGUGAUGCUGUUCAAAAGCUACCACCCCCUCACUACAGAACACUUCAAUAUCUGGUUAAACAUCUGUCACGUGUGGCUGAGCAUGGGCAUCAAACUGGAAUGACUCCAAGAAAUGUUGCUAUUGUGUGGGCACCAAAUCUGCUCCGCUGCAAAGCUCUAGAAGUGGGUGGAGUGGCAGCAUUGCAGGGAGUUGGAGUUCAAGCAGUUGUUACUGAGUUUUUAAUUUGCUAUGCAGAUCUUAUUUUCUGUGAUAGACUUCCUGCCUUAAGUAUUCCUGUUCAGCAAGCUACACCAAAGCGAUGCCGACCUAAAUCUUUGGCCAUAUCCACUCCAACCAAGCUGUUGUCUUUGGAGGAAGCACGGACACGUGCAUUACUGUCAGCAGCUGGGAAAAUUGAUCAAGAAUACAUUGAAGUUGGUGGUGGGCCAUCUAGCCUACCCGCUAAAUAUCACACUGUUAUCGAUUUACCUAGUCGCAAACGUGCUGGAUCCAAACGCUCUCCUCUUGGCUGGAAAUCAUUCUUUAGUAAAGCUGGGCGAAGCAGCAGUGGGGCUAGCACCCAUUCAAGCCGUAAGGCUCAAGAACAACAGCAACAAAUGAAGCCUCUGCGGAAAACGUCUACACCUUCAGUAAUCAAUUUUGGCAUAGAAAAGGCUGUUACUGAGUCAGAUGUUGCUGUUGGUCGCAGACGACUGCGACCUGUGAAAAGUGCAGAGAGUCUUGCAUCUGGCAACAAUUCCAGUCGAAAUUCUACUGCCUUGAGCCACGGAUCGGAAGCUGCUGGACCUAGCUGUUUAACCCCAGGAGCUGGGAGUCGCCCUAAUAGUCAGGCUGUCAGCCCUUCUGAUGGUCUGAUGCCAAGCAAAGGAGGCCACAAUAGAUCCGUUUCUCAUGACUCGUACUUCGACCACCUUGCGGAGACACCAUCCAUGUCCCGUCGGGCCUCAUCCCGCUUGCACGAAGAAGAAGAAGGCUUUUCUUCUUCACUUGAUCUGAGUGAGAUCCAAGUAAACUUUGAACUGGAAGAGUCAGAGAUGCGCAUGUUUUCAGAGGAUGAGACUCUUAUGUCUACAUUUGACAGUGCCAGUGUCAUGUCUCAAGGGUCCCCUCAUACAAAUCAUACCAGUAUUAUGUCACGCCAAGGCAGAAGUUCAGUGGGAGUUGGCAAAAGGCUUACUCCGCAUGGUAUCCCUCACCUUGCUCGACCAGAAGACACUUUGAGUGGUGGAUGUUCUUCGCUGGAUCCUUCCCCGAAGAAACAAAAGACAAGUGGCAACAGUGAGUCUGAAAAGACUGUAGAUGUCUGCAAAAGAUCAAGAUUAGAACAGCAGCUAACCAGCUCAGCAGCUGAAUUACGCUACAUUGACAGCCAGUCUCCUGAACAAAUUCCCAUGCAACAGGUUCUUGUGCAUGCUGAAGUGCAUCACAGUGCAUUACCUGCCACAAGUGCUAGUUCUUCCUUAGCUGAAGCUCCAACUUCUGAUACUGAAAGCGUCACAUUACUGAGCUCUGGGUUGACAACACCGGACACACCAGUGCAACAUUAUCGUCCCCUCAGGGAAGAUGGAGAAUCAAGCGGAAGUGGUGUCGGGUCUACACCCGAUUAUGAGAAUAUGGCCAUAUCAGCCUCAAAACUCAGUCCUUUAGAACCAAAAUAUGAACAGCUCAUCGCCACUCCUUCACCUAGUCUGGAUAUCAGGGCUUAUGAUGGCAUUCCUGUUCCCAAACCUCGUUUUCAAACUCCUCGGACUCCCUACGAGAACAUUCAGCGAGACUUUCUUGCAGCCGAAGUGAAAGCAAAUGCUGUCGAUAAAAGAAAUCAACAGAGCUCCAGGUCUCCCUAUGAAAAUUUGCAGAGGGAAUUCAUCAUCACAAGUAGUGAGUCAACCCCCGCCCUGAGCCCUCCAGCAAGUAGCAGUCCUUUACUCAGUGCUGGCACUACAGCUGUGAGAAAUUUGGAGUCAAGUGGAGAAGACGAUACUCUGGAAAUCAGCCAAGAUAAUUUCUCUUUGGAUCUGAAUGCUGGCUUCGAUCACAUCUACACAGAAAUUAUGUCAGGUACUGAUAAGGACUGUGAAACUGUUGAAGGUUGCUCUAUGAGUGAUAUUUGUGAAACUGAAGAUCAUUUUGGAAAAGUAUCAAAUGCUGUUUUCAUACCAGAUGAGUUAAUGACACCUUCCUCUGAAAUUCAGUCCCAGAAUGUUUAUCAAAAUGUUCCAAAUUUAUCUAUGGAAGAGCCUCAUCCGGUGUGUCGAUCAGAUGACGAUGUUUAUGAGGAUUUUGCUUUUGACAAAGAAGCCGUAGAAACAACUAAUUCUGAAAUACCAUCUCAACAGAAGGUCCACAGUACAACACCACUGGAUCCCAAUGUGGUAUAUCAGCAAGUGAAGUAUUUACGACGCUCUAUUCAUGAAGUUAAUGCACUAUUGGAAGAUAGUAGUCAAGAUGUUUCAUUACUACAGCAAGUCCAUGGUGGAGGCACUAUUACAAAUGAAGAAGUCCUGAGCGAUGCAUUUAGUUCCUAUGUCAGUGGGGAGACACUUGUUACAGGAAUGGAAAAGACGGCUCCCUGUCCUGAAACUCAUUUUGAUUUUUCCCUUGCUGGAGCCACUGAUGCAAGUGGCACUGUAAUUAGUGAGGUGCCAGAAGGGACACAAAUUUCUCAAUCAUUUAACUCUGAGUCUUUCCCUCAAGAAAAUCAAGGUCUUAGAAUUGAUAAAUGUUUAGAAAAUGAGGUAGUAACUUACUGUGAUGAAAGUGAAGGAUCAGCAUUACAAGAAGCUUCCCAAACUUGUUUGUUUCCAUCUCAUUCCAGUGAGGAUAUUACUUCGGAAGAACCUCUUCAAGCAAGUGCUUUCCCAUCACACUGUGUGGCAGAUGAUGUUUCUACACAUAAACCAGAGCAAGCAUGUGAAUUUCCAACUCUCCAAGGUCAAGUUUUGAAAUCUGAGGUUCUUUCCCCUUCUUCUGAAAUGACCUCAUUGUCUGAUCCAUCUUUUGAAGAACCCACUGGUGCUGUCAAAAUUGCAACUGACAGCCGCAGACGCUUCGAAUCGGAGAUCGGCCGGGAGCUGGUCAGAGAAAGGCGCAUGACCCAAGAACUUCAGGAAGUACGAUCAACCAAGUCAUCACCCCAUGAGUCACCAGUCCACAAGUCUGACCGGAACAAAUCAAGUGUGAAGGAACUUCUUUCUCGCUUUGAAGUAACAUCUAUGGAUUCAGAGUCGCCAUGCAUGUCAGAGACAUCACCCUCGCCUAAUGCUUCCAGAAGAUCAGAUCCACAUCCCAAACCAACUGAAAAAAUGGACAUAACAUCAGCCACUUUACCUCCUUGUUUGAGGGCUCGCGCUGCUCGAAUGGCACGCUCAAAGCUUACACCUGCUCCAAAUUUUAGUGCAUCACUAGACGAAGAUCACUUUUUGAGAUCAGGAGGAAGUAAGGGUGAAGGUCGAGCUCUGAUACGUACUCAGACAGAGCCUGAUGUGAAUGCUGAAAACAACACUGGGGAGGACCAGGAAGAGCAGCAGCCUACAUCAUCUGAAUCAAAAAUAAUGGAGAAUGCAUGUACACUUUUUUCUCAAGAUGAUGAUCCCCAGCGAAGAGAACGCAUAGAACGAUAUAAGGAGGAGCGUCGAAGUUUCUUGAGGAAGAAGUACCAUUCAGAAAGUUUUCGUUGUGAGAAAGACGAAACACUGGUACGACUAAAGCAAAAGUCUGGAGGUAAAGUAGAAUCUGAAGAACCGUCUGUUGAAUCAGAAAGAGUCAGUAAACAACAAAGAAGCAGUUUACCUGACCGUCUGCCUUCUGAUAAAAAAUCUUCCAAAGAGCCUGGCAAUUCACCAAGUAAAUCACCAAGCAAAAAAUCUGCCAAGAGCAUUGGUGUUUCAUCACCAACAAGCCCCGAACCCAUUACAUGUGUAACAAUUCGUCAGAGGAUUGUAACUCCUGAUAAAGUUUCAUUGAAGGGAUGUGAUUCUCCUCUGAGCCCUAAAUCCCCUAGAAAUGAAAGUAACAAAUUUGGUUAUUCCCCUGAAAAGAUAGCCCCUGGUAAAGUAUCGCCAGAACGCAAAUAUUCAGAAAGAACAAGAAUUCCGGUGUCUGUGGACCUUGCCCAUACAGAGAGGAGGCCCGCACAGCUUGUGCUUGUCCAGCGUUCAUCUUUACCUGUCGCUUCCUCUGAUAGGAGAUUAUCUGCUGGAAGCAAAGUUACCUCAUCUGAAUCCAACUAUCCAGUUGGUGAUGUAAAGCGGAGGGCAUCUGUAGAAAGUAAUGCCUCACAGCGCUCUCCCAUUAAGUCUCCAUCUUACUGCAUUAAAGACAUGGCUGCUUUAUUUGAAGCUAAGGAAAAUAGUUCUCGGAGUACUGCGAGUAAUACUUCUUCCAAAUCUGCUCCUUCCACUGCUGGUAAGAAUUGUGUAUCCUCUGUUUAAAAUGUAUUUGAUUAAGUUUUUGGCAGUGUGUGACGAUGACACCAUUUAUAUGUGUGCAUCGAAGCCAAUUUCACUUAUGUCGACUAUGCUGGAUGAUGACCCAUCUAUUUCUGUGAUACGUAAUUUUUGACUCUGUGUGCUGAUUCAAUUGACUCAAUGAAGUUUACAAUUUCUUUGUUUUGAAUUGAAAGGUCUUGUGGUACUAUAGAUAAACCAGUGCAUUUUACGAUCUGUUCUCUCCUGUCACUGGCAUACGUUUGUUGUGACUUGAGCAAUGAAUCUGUUUUAAUUUUUUUUUGUAAUUGUAAGUGUUAGUGGGUGAUAUAUAUUUGAGAUGUGACAUUUAAAAUGUGCAAUCAAAUGGAAAAUAUUGUUUCCUCUAGAGGAUGAUUAGGUUUUUUCACAAAAUUUACCAUUUGUUGUUUUCUUAAGUUUAAUGUUGAUUGUAAAUUUCUUAUUGUGCUUUAUAAUGUUAUUUCCGUGUAAGAUGAAGUGUGUGCCAAUCUUGUUUACUUUCUUUACAUUGCUUGAUUUGUGCUGUUUUUUUUUCUGGCAUGUUAUCUGUUUUACAUAAGUGUCUAUAAAACAAAGGAGCUGACCCUGUAAUUCUGAAACAUUCCUUUUAUAAAGGACCUUAAUUUUAAUUUUCUUCCUUAUUAGAGCCUCUAGUGAGCAUUGAUAUGAUUCUGAUUCCCAAACCUAUUGCUGCUCCCCAGCUUUGGGUUUGAUAAUGUAAAUGAUGUCAGCAAACCCAGAUUAGUACUAUUGCAGUACUCUAUUCUUGUUUUUCGGAACUAGGAUCAAAUGCUGACUCUCAUUCCUUUGUGUAGCAGCAGUGGAGGUUGUGAGCUUUAUUAUGUUGUGUGGGCCUGUUUACAGAAGACUCAAGUUGGUAACUUUAUUACAGACUAGUGAGGUCCAUUGGUGACUAGACAUAGUCAAAAUCUUUUUUGGGUGUUCUAUUGGAAAAAGUUUUUGAACACCUGUCAAACAAGCGCUUUCUGUGUCCCUGUUUAAACUCAUACAUAUAUUUUGAUACUUAUGAGUUUUAAUCUCAAUUAUGGAAGAAAUUCUUAGCUUGUAUUAACUCUGACCUUUCAACUUUAUUAGGGUAAUAGAGAAUAAAACACCAGUUUUAAGAUUUCGGGUUUUAAAGAGGACGGCUUUUUUUAAAUUUGCUAGCUUGCAUUAUCCUUAUUGCUUUUCUCUCUGUGCCAAAUAGACUAUGAAGCACCUAACUCAUCUUGUAAUCAUACUGGGCGUUUGGGUCUCAAUGCAAGAGAUCUGUAUAACCCUCAAAUAGGUAAUCAAAAUUAGUGCCUUCUUUUGUGUAGCUUAGAUGAUGCAUCUGUGGGAUUUGUUGAACAUGUCAUUCUGAUGAUCUGAAAUGAAGCCAUUUUUCUUUGCAGCAGGCAUUAAGUUUCUGAGAGAUUGCUUUAAAGAGACUGAUCUGAAUAUGUUAUCUUAUAGUGAAACACUUAGAAUGUCUUCCCUCUUUGUAUUAGAGGUCUAAGUUCAGAUGUCACAAAAUUACCACUUACGUUUAAGAAAAAUCUUGUCUUCAUUUUGAGACUAGGAUUUCUAAAAUAUACUUAGUAUAUAUAGUCUAAUAUAUCUAUAUAAAUUUAUAUGAUUGUUGACAGUCUUCUGCUAUUGCUCGUUAAUUCAUUUUCCGAUUAGUUCUGUUUCACUUCCUGCCAUUAGUUAACAUAGUGUAGCACCUGUGUUUAUUGUUGUUUUGGUAAUGGUUUUGUUCAACUAAGUACCUUUUUUACUGUUUGGAUUUCAUUAUUCACUGUUAAUGAAUUUGUGCCAUAUGUGCAUGCACCACAUCUGAUCUUUUGCUUCUGCUCUUCCUUGGACCAAAAUUGGGUAAUACCGUAAAAUUAAAAUAUUGUCCUCCAAAGUUUCUGUUAGUUGUCUCGUAGUUAUUAUAGGCCAAUAACCAUUAUGAACAUCACAAAUGGCAAUAGUAUUGUGUUACUAUUCCAGUUGUUUUUCACUCUUAAUUAUGUAUCAAGGGACGCCCAGUGUGCUCUUUUAUUUGUAGGUCUUAACCGUCGAUGUGUGGUGUGCUGGAUGGUGUAACGGCAGGCACACCUUGCCUCUGAGCAAGAAUAAGUUAAAGCGUUAUGCUUUUAUAAUUAACCUAGACUGUAGUCAUUGUUAAAUUUUUUUUUGUACUUGCUAACCUUUUGUAACACAUGAGUUCAAAGCUUUAUUUCUUUUAAUUUUGCGACUGACUAGCAUUUCCUAUUUAAAAUAUAGAACAAAAUACCCACUUGUUGAAUAUGACAGAAAUUAACUGCAUUAUUAUAUAAUUUUAGCUUGCCAGCCCUAUGGUUAUGAUAACACAGCAUUUUAUCAUGUGAGCAUAGUACAAUUGCCACAUUUGAUUAGGGCUCCUAAAAUAUAGUUCGUAGCUUAUUUGCUAAUUUAGCCUUGAGAUUUGAAUUGGUUGUAACUUUUAAGCCCUUUUUCAUUGAUUUGAAAAAGAAAAGGUUUUUGACUAAUACUGUUGUGUAAUAAUCUCCAGUAUUAUUGGCAAUUUUUGCAAUUUUGUUUCUGUCCAUAAGCAGUUUAUUUCACCCUCUCUUCGUCACGUGUUGAACCUCUUUUUAUUUCUCUCAAAAAGUGUUAUCAACUGUGUGUCACUUGAACUGACAGCUGCAAUAUCUUUUAUUGACUGACUUUUAAUUUUUAUUUCCCUUCUUGUUAUACCAAAGUUUCUUUUUUUCCCUUUUGUGGCUUGUUUUGCUCUUUUGAAAGUUCUAUGGGCUGGAUUAUACCAAACGCCUAACAUACCACUGCAAUUUUUGUGCCUUUAUUUUAAAUGAGGCAUUCUAUUUCUGUUUUGACAAGUAAUUUGUGUGCUAGUGCCUUUUAUAAUUAUUUUUCCCUGUAAAGUUUACUUGGACCUUUUUAUAUCUUCUAUGUAUGGAAAACUGUACAAACAGUUGACAAUCAGUUUUGUUGAGGGCCCAGAAUGUUCCAGGAGUCUUAGUGGUGGACCAAACAUAAGAGGCAACUGGAUUGGAAAUUUGUAAUAGGGAAGGUCAGUUCUCUGUAAUGUGAUUGAUUAUGUUAUAUGUAUGUUGUAAGAACAAAUCUAAGCAUGUUUGUAAAUUUGUACAAAACACUCAAGUCAUGCUGGAUAAUUUUAGUUGGCUUUGUUUAUGUUCUCAUAUUUUUCCAUAAAUGUUAAUUUCUA